UAUCUGCAACCAAAAUAACAGAAAUCUAGCUUGAUUUGAUCGAGAGCUCCCGAUGUGACUUUCCUUUUCACUUCAUUACACACCGCAAUGCUUACUUCGGUCAAUCGCGACGGGAACAAAUAUGCAUGCCCACAAUUCCGCUAAAAGCACGAACGCCAUUGUUUUCGUGGCCGCAAAUCAAUUCGAAUAUUUUGUAUAGCUAUUUUGCAGUUGCCUCCGUUGCUGUGGUGAUGUAUGAUUGGGCACUGAUAAUCGGACAAGAGGUUGAACUGGUCUGGAGGCAACGCUGGUCCCUGAUGACCUUUCUAUAUCUCGGUGUGCGCUAUGCUGGAAUACCAUUCACUGUCCUUAACCUGUCGCACAAUCUUCCGUCAGUCGAAGUGACAGAUGCAGUAAGCAUUAUUAUUUAUUUCGUACUCAAUUGGAUGUCUUUGGGGGUAGCAACCAUGCUGAAUGUCAUCAUGAUUUGUCGGUUGCAUGCCAUGUAUCAGCGAUCGAAAAAGAUACUUAUCUUUCUCGUUGUGAUCUUCUUGGCUGUCACGAUCCCCUGCGGAGUGAUUGCUGUGAUGGUAAGCAUCCAUACAUCAGCAGAGGAGUCCAUACUCUCUGGCACUUAUAUGUGCAGUUAUGACCUAGAGGGAGACGUCAAUUUUCUGUCUUCCCUGACUUGGAUACUCGGCACUGUGUGGGAGGUCCUCGCACUGUGUCUUGCACUCUGGGUUGCUAUAAAACACCUCCGGGAACUGCAUCGACCUUCGACGCAAUGGACCAUCGGGGACUGUAUCGUGGUGUUAAUCAAAACUCACGUGGCUUACUUUGCAAGUUUUCUUGCUGUUUCUUGCUUGACUCUCAGUUAUUUCUCUCCAACACUCUCGGACUCAUCUUCCGAGGGAGUUCAAAUUUAUGGUGGUAUUCUUCAAAUUUUCUGGACUAUUCAGAUGUUUGUGCUGGGACCACGCCUCAUCCUUGGUGUCCGAGACUUUAACGCCAAGGUCGUAGCCGACUCUGACGCAGGAACCGGCAUAACUACAAUCGCCUUCCAGGAGCGUGUCCAUGUGACGACUAGCAGUGGUGUGUAGCACAGGAAACACUUCAGAUGAUAAACACUAGUCUAAAGGGGGCACGAGAAUUUUUUGGAGUUUUGUCACGAGGCUGAUAUUGUGUUCCGAAGUAGAUUUGUAUUAAAUUGUAAAGAUUCAAAGAAAGUGCUUUGCAUUAACACUCGAGUUCCUACGUAUGCCUGGAUAAGACUUAUACACAAUCCAUGAUGUCAAUAGCCAUCUUCAGU